AUGGCCCGAGCACCACGGAGCCAGAACACGUCGCUGGCUAAGAAGCGCUCUGAAAACAACCUCUCCCUGGCCGGCGAGAAAGGUGGACUGCGGCUUUUGGAUGACUGGAGCGAGAGCUUUGUCGUUUCGGAGGAGGACGCUAUUGUGAUGUACAACAACCUAUACAGUGCCAAAGACGGCAACCACAGAAUGAGCAGCGUUCGCUAUGGGGGAGAAUUCUCAUACAAUUGCUGGGCCUGGCUUUCCAGUGCGCACUACUGUUGGCAAAUCUGCACGCUGGUUCUUGUUGUCCUUGACACCGUCCUCAUUCCCUUGGCAUUGGCCUGGCCAUCUGAUCCUACUGCAGACAGCCCUACUACUUUCUACUUCCAGGUCGGUCCUGGCCUUUGGAGCUUCGAUAUCUUCAUGUCCUUCGUUCCUGCGGUUCUGCAAGUCUCCCCAAUGGUGGCUUGGUCAUACCUUCGCACCAGAUUUCCUCUGGAUGUUGGUAUCGUGGUUCUGGACAUGGUGCUCUUGCUUGAGCUGAUCGAAGACCGUUGGCGUGCCCUCACUUUGCUGCGCCUGACGCGAAUCAUGAAGUUUCGUGGAGUCAUGAUCGCACUCGAGAACCGCCUUGCUGCGAAGGGCAACAUGAAGUUCGUUCUGUACUUGACCAUUUUCCAAUGCAUAGCCCAAGUUCUUGCGGUCAACCAUGUCCUUGCCUGCGUCCUGUUCUAUGCCGGGAGAUUCUCAGCGGAGCAGGGCCUCCAAAACUGGAUCGACGAGUACAACAUUACCGCGGAUGGCCCGGGCUUCCAGUACAUGAAGUGCUUCAAUUGGGCAAUCGCUCAGUACACUCCUGCACCUUUUCCUUAUCAGCCUCAGAACGAGUAUGAGCAAUCCGCAACCAUUGUCAUCAUCUUGACUUGCUUGCCUUUGCUCGGAGCGCAGAUCGGGAAAAUUGGUGGUACCUUGAAUUUGCUGAAGGAAAAAGCCAAGGAAAGAGACACCGUGCGAAGAGACUUGCAGCGGUGGCUAUUUAAGACCCAUGCCCCGGAGAAACUGACGCGGAAGUUGCUGGACUCCCUGACAGAUGUGCUCGAGUCGAAAGAUUCGCCCAUGGACAUCAAGGAGCCCAUAGCUCUCAAGUUCCUGCCCAGCACCCUGCUGGAAGAGCUCCACAUCGUCAAGACCGGGCAGAAGCUGGCGAAGCACCAGUUCUUCCAUCUUCUGAUGGAUGAUCGCGUGGGCAUUUCUGGCCGAUUAAGUGCGGCCUUCAAAACUGUGAACUCCGUGCAGGGGGAGGACAUCUUCCAGCAAGGAAAGAGGGCAGAUGGUCUUUUCAUCACCGGCGGUGGGCAGUUCAUCAUGCACUUGCCACGGGCUGAUGGCGCUGGACUCCAUCGCUUGAGCCGAAAAGAAACCGAGAUGGAUGCAGGUAUCAUGGUUCAUCCGGAUGAAUGGCUUGCGGAGUUGUGCCUCUAUGCCAAUAUGAAUCAUUCAGCCUGUUUGACGGCGCGGACCUAUUCAAAGGUGUUGAAAGCUCCGGUCGCAGAGUUUGUGAAGGCUAUCCAGGAAUCACCUGGAUCGGUAGUGGCGGUACACGAGUAUGCGCUCAGGCUGUUGCUCUCGUUUUCGAAGAAUCGUGACAAGGACUCCAACUGGGAGUUUCUUCCUCCGACCUUGGCUGAAGACAGCGUUCAGCAUACUCAACUGGCAGACUUGCUGAAUCCGGGAAUGGGUCGAAUGCACAGCUUCAAGUCUUCUGAGGAGACUGACUUUACAACUCUCGUGGACGAAUUCCUCGAGCCAGGUCUUGACAACACCGAUCUGGUCCAGCUCAUCAAGCGCAAGUUUCCAGAGCUGAGGGAAGAUAGUGGCAUUUAUGCCCUUCUUCAGUUGGAGGAUGAGGCUGAGAGAGCUGUGCUUUCCUUGCUGAGCACCAUCUGGAUAAUGAAGGACGACUACAAAAGCAUUGUGGACUGCCAGAAGCCCCAGAUGCGUCUGACCCAGAAGACCUUCAUGUCGAUUCAGGAGUUCCUUGGUGCCAAGCGGAUGAACUCUGCACAGCUCACGGCAGCUUUCAUCAUCCUUGCCCUUCGUGGCCUCAGCAAGAGCGAGGACUUUGCGAAGCUCUGCCCGCCUUCUCAGCGCCGAACGCCAGAGCAGGUGUUGAGCUAUGCAACGACCAACCUGGACGCAUAUCUGCCCUCCAUGGCCUGUCUGCGGGGAGAUGCCUAUGACUACUUGGUGUCCACCGUUCGCAUGUUGGACCAGUUUAACUUUGCACAGCUGCUCCAGGGCGAGAACAAUCCUCAUUCCGUGUGGCAGCUGCAAUGCAGCCUGCAAGAAGAAGGAGCAGAGGUUUUUCAGAUUUACCUCUUCGUCCAGGUCAGCAUUCUAUGCGGGGUUACUGGAGCCAUCACCUUGCGCGGCUCCAUGUUUCUGAGCGAGCUGAACGGGCGCUCCGUUCUGAAGGGCCUGGCAUCCUUGCAGGACGUAUCAGAAGAACGGCCGCAAACAGUCUACUGGCGGUACAUUGCUAGCCGGGCACAGGCGCUGCACUUGGAGGUUCGGACUCCAAGUCAUCUGGUCCUGGCCAGACUUGCCUGCCUGACGCGAACAGUUGAGCCGAAAGCCUUGCAGUCCCUGGCAGACGACUGGGACGGUCUGACAGACCUGGAGAAGGACGCUCUGUAUGAGGUUUUCUUGACGGAUGGCCUGUACCACAAGGCGUUCAUUUUCUUAUACCUCCCGUUGUUCCUUACGAACGCAGUGGCCAAUCAAGACUUGGGGCUGCGUCGCGGAUUGCAGUUCCUCGUCGAGCUCUACACCAAGCUUGUGAACCAUCGCUGCCUCAACCAGGAGGCCUUCACUGUCAAGGUCGACAUCUCCUCGCUUGCUUCGCUUGCCAAAGAGAUUGACGACUUCCGCUUGCUCAGACUGUGCUUGGAUUACUCUCGGAUUGUCAAGCAUGCUCAUGGCGUUACCGUGCUGCUCACGGCGGAGAGUUAUCAGAUCCUCUCAGGCCAACUCGUGGCGGAGGACCGCAGUGCAGACCUGUUGGAGCGCCUGUCUGCUCAACAGCUCCUUGGAAGCGAGCCAUCUUCUUUGCAUUGCAAAUCGGAUCGGUAUGAGCUUCGCCAUCAUAGGUGGAACUCAGUUAGAGAUUGA